AUGAAGAGGAGCAGGAUGCACUGGUGGCUCAUCACCAUCCUGGGGGUGCUGAGUGGCCCCAGCGCUGGGAGCCAGGGGAUGCCGAAAUGCCUGCCCGGAGAGGAGCCCACUGGGGGGCCACUAGGGCCAUGCCGAGCUUGUCCCCCUGGUACCUUCUCCUCAGGGACCGGAUCCUGCUCUGCUCACACCCGCUGCUGGGCCGGGAACAGGAUCCUGGUGGCAUCGGGGACAGCAGUGACCAACAGCCGCUGUGGAGGCUGCCUGCCAGGGUUUUACAGCCCUGAAGGGGAGAGGGAGCCCUGGGGUCGGUGCCUGCCCUGUGCCGUCGCUCCCAGCAGCACCUCGGGGUGCCCAGGCCGGCGGCGAGCCCGCAGCCCCGAAAUGCCGGGUCGGGUGGCAGGGACCAAUGCGACCCGGGUGGCCCUGAUGGGUGAGGAAGAGGAGGAGGAGGCAGCGGCGGCACAGGCGGCCGUGCUGACCAUCGUCCCUGUCUUCUGCACCAUGGGGUUGUUGGGCAUCCUGGUCUGCAACCUGCUGAAGAAGAAAGGUUACCACUGCACUGCUAGCAAGGAGCCCCAGCCUGGUGGCACCGGUCCCAGCUCCAUCUACCAGCUGGAGGAUGCCAAUGAGGACACCAUUGGGGUGCUCGUGCGGUUGAUCACUGAGAAUAAAGAAAAUGCUGCAGCGCUGGAGGAGCUGCUGAAGGAGCACCAUGGCCAACAGCUGCUGUCGCCGGGCUGCACCCCCCUGAACAAACUGCACCUUCUGCCUCAGUUUCCCUCUGCCUGCCGGCACCAGCAGCACCUCCACACAGUGCAGGGCCCAGCCCCAUGCACCCGCUGCAGCCAGAAGUGGCCCGCGGUGGUGCCAGCACUCAAUGCCACCAAGGUCCCCAAACCUGGGGCUCGUCCCAGUGAGGUCACCAUCCUCUCCAUCGGCAGAUUUCGGGUGUCGCGGAUCCCAGAGAUGAGGAGCGAGGUGGGAGCCGAAUCACCCCGUAGUCCCCUCCCUGCUGGUAGUGGGAUGUGGCCUCCAUGGUUGAAAAGCACUGACUGCCCUCCUGAGGUGAGGUGGCACCUGGCCUGGGGGCUGCCUAGGGGGGAUGGUGACAUCCACGAAGACCCCACAGAAGGGACAGAGGACAUUGGGGACCACCUGAAAGCCAGUCCCGCUUAG